UUUGCCCGCUAGCCGGGGAGACUUCAGGAGUGACCAUCUUCUAACUUCCAGCCUCAGAAACCACAGCCUCUGCUCCCGCUAGUGCCCCUGUCCCCCAGGGCCAUGGGACGGGUCUCGGGGCUCGUGCCGUCUCGCUUCCUGACGCUCCUGGCGCAUCUGGUGGUCGUCAUUACCUUAUUCUGGUCCCGGGACAGCAACAUCCAGGCCUGCCUGCCUCUCAAGUUCACCCCCGAGGAGUAUGAGAAGCAGGACAUUCAGCUGGUGGCAGCUCUCUCUGUCACCCUGGGCCUCUUUGCAGUGGAGCUGGCUGGUUUCCUCUCAGGAGUUUCCAUGUUCAACAGCACGCAGAGCCUCAUCUCCAUUGGGGCUCACUGUAGUGCAUCCGUGGCCCUGUCCUUCUUCAUUUUUGAGCGUUGGGAGUGCACCACGUACUGGUACAUUUUUGUCUUCUGCAGCGCCCUCCCAGCUGUCACUGAAAUGGCAUUAUUCGUCUCCGUCUGUGGGCUGAAAAAGAAACCCUUCUGAUUUCCGUCAUGACGGGAACGUAAGGACGAAGGCUGGAGGAGAAAGGGGCCGCUUACUGUUACUGGAAGAAGGAAGGCAUAGGCUUUGGUCCUCCAUGAAACUGCCUCUGAUGGAUUAUGUCAGUGUUGGGAUAAUUAUCUCCCGAACCUGGAUUAUCAGCGUUUACUUUAAUGCUUUGCAAUAUAAUAUAUAUCAUAUAUUAUAUAAGAUCAAGACUUAUACAGUUUUCAGGGGACAAUU